UUGUCUCUCCAUGGCGGUGCCCCUGCAACUUCCUUCCAGUCAAAGUCUCCUCGAUUCUCCCCUUUAUUAGGGUUUCAGUUUCAGUUUCAGUUUCCCUGCACAUUAUAUUGCAAAUUCAUUGGAAAAUCUGUGGACGACGCUACACCGCAAUUCUUGAAUAUUCAACUAUGGUGAAGAAAUCGACGGAGAAUGGUGGAUUACUGAUUCCGCCAUUUUUGCUGAAAUGUUAUGAGAUGGUCGAUGAUCCUUCCACCGAUGCUUUGAUUUCAUGGAGUCUAGCUAAUGAUAGCUUCAUAGUGUGGAAUGAAGCGGAAUUUACUUCUGAAUUGCUUCCUAGAUAUUUCAAGCACAAUACCUUUGCCAGCUUCCAACGCCAACUCAAUAUCUACGGAUUUAGAAAAAAUGAUACAGAUAGAUGGGAAUUCGCGAACGACGGAUUCAUCAAAGACCAAAAGCAUUUGCUGAUGUCAAUCAACAGGAAGAAAGCAUCACCGGUGACUGCUCAGCAAAACGUUACUAAGCCAAAGAUGAUAAAUGUCAGUGCCAAUGAAGGAAACAAGUAUGCCGGCCUAUGGAAGGAAGUCGAGAGUCUAAAGACUGAUAAGAAUACGUUGAUGCAGGAGCUCGUAAAACAGAGGCAACACCAGAAAACUUCACAAGCCAAGAUGUUGGUUCUUCGAGAACAACUUAAAGGAAUGGAACAAAACCAGCAACAAAUGCUGUCAUUUAUAGUUGUAGCCAUGCAAAGCCCUGGUUUUUUGGCUAAACCAAUAGAAAAUAACAGGCUCAAGUCUGAACCCAUUAGCAAGACCAUACUAAAACCGAACGAACCAAUAGGUCUACCUUGCGAAGGUGCAAUUGUGAAAUAUCAGCCACCAUCUGAAGAACCUGACUCAAAUUCUCAAGAUUCUGUCGAAUUGGAUCUUACUUCUGAUGAAGUUGAAGAUCUUUUUGAGAAUAUGGAUCUUAUGUCUGGAUUGCCAUUGAACGAAAGGACGGUUUCGACGGAAAACUAUGAUCCCUUUAUCUUUCACGAUCUGUCUGAUGGUGAUAAUAUGUUGGAUCAGCUGUUAUCAUUCUCAGAGAAUAAGACCACCAAGCUUCACAGUGAUAAUCUCACCAGCACUGGAUAUGGUUCUGAUGGAAUUGGUUCUCUUGGUUCCAUUUUUUGAUGGAAUGAUUUGAGAAAUAUCCGACUACGAUGUUGAGAUCGCCAAACAACGGGAUUUAUAAUUUCCUGAAAGAAAGAUGACGGAUAUCGUUUUCCGCUAGAGAGAGUCAUGAUGCUUUAUGAUCCAACUCAAUUGCUUCUUCUAUCUUUGGUAUUGAAAUUAAUCUUGCACUAUUCAGCUCUUGAUAUUCAUCUGGGCAAGGUUUUCUUUCUUCAGCUUCUUUUUCUUGCCAAUUUAGGGGAUGUUACAAAACACUUUUGGCUUGAUCUUACUGGGUAAAUAAAUACUUAAUGCUUCUUAUUGGGUAAGAGAAGCUUUAUGUAGUCAGAUAUGAUGGUCUUUACCAACGAUUUUAGAGACCGAGAAUCUUAUCCGAUGCAUCACUGUCCAUCAUCUGAAGAAAAAUCGAGGGUAAAUUUGCUUUUCUUGAAUCAGAAUUUCUUAACGAGUAUAGGUUAUGAUUGCUAUUUCAAAAAGGUACAUUUCCCCUCAUGCAUAGAAGGGGUUUGCAACAUUUAAGUGGUUUUUUCUUUUGUAAUGCCAAACACUUACCAGUAAGAUUUAACACCA